GCCACAUCAUGUAAUAUUCUAGGUCCUUUUUAGGUUGGUUUGAAUCUCAAAUUAGUGGUACAAUCCAAUUUCUCUUCGUUGCUUUAUUUUGACUUUCCCGGUAGUGGUAGUGUGGUACUACAAUUAAGUUGAUAACAUCCCAAUCCUAUGCGCUUCCAAAGUCCAGAGAAAAGGUCUAAUAUUGCUGAAAGACUUCUCCAACCGCUCACAUGCAUACAGUGAGUUCACAUCAAACCUCCAGAUCCAAUCCCAUACUCAUCAAUGAACAUUAAUGUAUAAAACAAACAAUCCCUCACGUACACCAAUACCAGUUAAUGCUGUGUCUCUCUUUCUCCCACGUAUUCAAACAUCAUCAAUCCUUCAUCAUGCCCACUCUGCAACUCAUCCUCUUCCUCUCCAUCCCCUUCUUUCUCACGUCAACAACCAAUGGUGCAUCUCCAAAUCCAUUCACAGCCAAGGCUGCACUGAUUCGCUACUGGGAUCGCAAGACCCCAAAUCAACGUCCUCAUCCAUCCUUCUUCCUCUCCAAACUCUCCCCACUCUCUGCUCUUGAUUCGACUACCUACUCCUCUUUGCUUUCCUCUAAUCCAUCAUCACUCACUCCCCAUCUCCUUACCUUCUGCUCUGCAGCUCAUCUCCUCUGCUCCCCAUCCCUCACUUCCAAAUCCCCCAAAGACUCCAACUUCGCCAACUACAACAAUGUAAAUUUCACCACCUACGGCACCACCGCGGCCGGUGGCCAAGACUCCUUUAAGAAGUACUCCAAGUCCCAAACCCUCCCCGUCGACGUUUUCAGCAGCUACUCUAGAGCCUCCGCCGGCCACGACGAGACCUUCACAACAUACUCUCCCAACGGCACCAUCAUCACUGACAACUUCACCUCCUACGCAACCAUCGCCACCGGCGGCUCGGGCGACUUCACUUCUUACGGCCGUCUCUCCAGGGUCUCCGAACUCACCUUCAAAAACUAUGAAACCGGAAGCAACGGCCAUGCCCAGAACUUCACUUCCUACUCUGAUGACAACAGUGGCGGCGAUGAAACAUUCACUAGCUACGGCAAAGGCGCCACUGGCGUUCCCACAAACUUCAGAUCCUAUGCUAACAACUCAGGGAUUCUCAUCUCCACGUUCAAGAGUUACGGCGAAGGUGCUACCGGUCCCUCGGACACCUUCACCAAGUACGGCAACAAUCCUGGGAGUUCCCAUCAAAACUUCCAAUCUUACAGUGAGAAUGCCAAUUCUGGGAAUGAGAGGUUCUCCGGCUACCGUGGUGACUCGGAUGUAGGUGAUGAUAAGUUCCAGUCUUACGGUAAGGGCGGGAACCACCCCACAGUGGAUUUCAAGACUUAUGGGCAGGAUUACAAGACGGGUGAGGACCAUUUCAAGAACUACGGUGAGAAUGCUAACAACCCGGAGAUUUCCUUCACGACAUACAAAGGCAACCCCACGGAUUUCAAGUCCUACGCCAAGACCGGAGUCGUCUUCAAGGAUUACCAGAACAUCACUACUUCUUCUGCGAAGGUCGAGUCCAGUGGGAAAACAGUAAAUAGAUGGGUUGAACCGGGAAAAUUCUUUAGAGAGAGCAGCUUGAAAGAGGGGAUAGUGAUGCCGAUGCCUGAUAUCCGGGAUAAGAUGCCGAAAAGGUCGUUUUUGCCUAGAGAUAUUUCAGGGAAAUUACCGUUCAAUGCCAUUGAGCUGGGCAACAUCUUUAAUGCGCCUGCUGGCACGGGGUUGGGUCGAGCCAUCGCGGACACGAUCAGCGAGUGCGAGCGCGCGCCGAGCCGUGGCGAGACCAAGCGGUGUGCGACGUCGGCCGAGGACAUGAUCGACUUCGCAGUGUCGGUGCUCGGGAACGACGCGGUGCCGCGCAGCACUGAGAGCGCUAGCGGGUCCGGAGGCAAUAGCCUGAUCGGGAAAGUCAAAGGGAUUAAUGGUGGCAGGGUGACCAAAUCGGUGUCAUGCCAUCAGAGCUUGUUUCCAUAUCUAGUGUAUUACUGUCACUCUGUGCCCAAGGUGCGGGUAUACCAAGCUGAAAUCUUGAGCGUUGAAUCAAAGAAGAAGAUAAACCAGGGUGUGGCCAUUUGUCACCUGGACACGUCGGACUGGAGUGCCGGUCAUGGCGCGUUCGUGGCGCUUGGGUCGAAACCGGGUGCGAUUGAAGUGUGCCACUGGAUCUUUGAAGGUGAUCUCACGUGGGCGGCUGCUGAUUGAUAUCUGUUUAUUUAAAUUUAGCAUCCGACUAUUAUGCUUUAUGUUGGUAAUGUUGUGUCAGUGUGCUCAUGUUUAUGUGUUGGUGGCCGGGAAUGAAUGGCCGCUCAAAUGUAUUUUUAAGUAUGGUUCAUGCUUGUCAUGGUAUGUAGCUCUGAAAUAAAUCAACCCACUAUUGGAAGAUGACAAAUAGCUAUUAUUGAUGCCA